UAUGGUAAGAUAUUUAAUGAACAAAACUUUUGUUGGAACUAAAUACUCUGACAUACAAUAUAAUAAUUUGAUUUUGCUGUAGUUAUUUGAACAUUAUGCAGUUACCACUCUAUUGGAUUUCAACAUAUCUUUCCUUUUUCUGUCUCAAUGCUUAAUUCAAGUCUCCAUUCCUAUCCACUGCAUUAAUGAAUACAGAACUUCUUGUAUUUAAUUUUAUGUUUAAAUGUGCUUAUGUGUUUCCCAAGUCACUCACCCAACUUUCUUCACUUCUUGCAGUUGAAUUUGAGGCAACCUGCUAACAAUAUUUAAAAUUCUUAGUGUUUCUCAGGCUAUUAUUAAUUUUUACAUAAUUUUAUGCAUACUUGAAUGAGAUAUGCUAUUAAACAUAUGGAGCUUUAAUAUUUCACUUGAUAUUAUCAGUGACAGAAAAGAUGGCCCUCGUAUCAAAAGUCCUGAGUUUAACCAACUUACCACAUGUGGGAUCUUGGUUAGGUGACCUCCCACGGCAUCAACUGAUUCCAUUAUCAACUAUCUUGCAGUUAACAUCAAGUACAAUAACAUUAUCGAAAUACAGUUGCUAUUGGUAUUGGUUUCAGUGUCUCUAACACUGGGAAUCAACUCGAGGAUAAGUAUGUGUGUAAACUCUGACACUCAUGUAGAGAGCAGACUGAAGAGAAGACUGAGCACAUAUGUUUUGUCUACUUACCACCUGGUAAUAGCUCCCUCUUUACUCUUGGAAUAAAAUACAAGUACUUACAUUUCUUCUGGGUUUUACUCUUCUCUUCUCUGUAGCUCUUGAGACACUAGAAUCUGGUACACUGUCUUUUAUUACCUAAAUUAUAGAUGCUUUACUCUUGCAGGCUCUUCUCCAUCACCUGUUACACUCCUGAUGCUUAGCAGUCCACAUUAAAUGUCAACAUUUUGGGGAGAAUUUUCAUGACUACUCCCCAUUCGGUUCUGUGCACUCAGCAUGUUUCCUAUGUUAUACAUUUCACACAGUUUGAGCAUGUUUAAAAUCUGUGCCCCAUUAGUGGUGAAACUAUAUGAAGUCUAUAGAUCUUACCUUCCUACCAUUAUUUGUGUAACUUCUAGGAAUUAAAUUAUUAUCUAUGGCAAUAAGUUAAUACAGGCUAAACUAAUAACUAUUAAAUUUCUGUGAAAGGAGAGGAAACAUUUUUAAAUACUUCAGGAGCAUGAAAAUAUGAAAAAACUGUGCAUUUCAGUCACCUGACGUCAGUUGUAUGUCACCACCCUGGCUUUUCAGAGUGUCUCUCUUGUAAGUUUUACAAAAAUUGGAAAAUGAAGAAAACUACAAAAAUGAGAGACAGGCAUUUUAUCACUUAAAACAAGUAUUUAAAAUUUUGUAGGUAGUACUUAUUGGCGAGGGUACUCAAGCAUGUGUGUACUUGUAAUGUAAAUAAGGACUCUUCUUAGAGACAGCUAAUUCCAUUUGGUGUAUUAUACUUGCCUAGUUUUUGUUCAACUUGUGUGGCACGAGGAACCCUCUCAAUAGGGUCAAGUAGGUUUGAUAAUGGGGUGGGGAACCGUCCUAAAUCAAAACCAGUAACAAAAUCCAACACUUUUUCUAAGAAUUUGAAACUGAAAAUGAACACAUGGUGGCGCUGUUGACUAAAAAGACGAAUUAAGACAGUGCACACUCCAUGCUGAAAGAAGAGCGAUCGGGGCGAUAACACAAGGGUCGCAGGAAAAUCUGAAUCUCUGGAAAACACUAAUUGUUAGACUAUCUCCAAAAGACGUUGCCUUUCACAGAGAAAUAUAAGGCUCCUUUUGGUGACAAAGCCCUUGGAAAAUCACCACGGAGAUGGAGACCAGAGACGAGUACUUUCUUAAACAAAGGCAAGUCUUGCUUUUCUUUGUUUUUCUAGGUGGGUCUCUGGCUGGGUCCGGGUCUAGGCGCUAUUCUGUGGCCGAGGAAAAGGAGAAGGGCUUCUUAAUAGCCAAUCUAGCGAAGGAUCUGGGGCUCGGGGUAGAAGAACUGGCUGAAAGGAGAGCUCAGGCUAUCUCCAAAGGGAACAUACAGUAUUUUCACCUCAGCCACCAGACCGGAGACUUGCUUUUGGUUGAGAAAUUGGACCGGGAGGAGCUGUGCGGUCCCACAGAGCCUUGUGUGCUGCACUUUCAGAUAUUGCUGCAUAACCCUUUGCAGAUUAUUACAAAUGAGCUCGAGAUCAUAGAUGUAAAUGACAAUGCCCCAGAGUUCUUUGAGAAUGCAAUGCAACUCAAAGUCCUGGAAAGCUCCCCACCCGGGACAAUAAUUCCCUUGGGAAAUGCUGUGGACCUGGAUGUGGGAAGAAACGGACUCCAGAACUACACGGUCUCUCCCAAGUCCCAUUUCCACGUUCGCACCCGCCUCCGUAGGGAUGGCAGGAAGCACCCAGAACUAGUGCUAGACAGACCUCUGGAUCGGGAGGAGCAGCCAGAGCUCAGUAUAACCCUCACAGCCCUGGAUGGAGGAUCCCCACCACAGUCUGGCACUGCCCAGGUCCACAUUCUGGUCUUAGACAUAAACGACAACGCCCCAGAAUUUACACAGUCACUCUAUGAGGUUAAAAUUCUAGAGAAGAGCCCUGUUGACUCUGUCAUUAUCACAGUCUCAGCUUCUGAUUUAGAUACAGGAAAUUUUGGUGCAAUAUCGUAUGCGUUCUUCCAUGCGUCUGAAGAAAUUCUCAGAACUUUUCAACUAAAUCCCAUUACUGGUGAUAUACAGCUGGUUAAGGGUUUGGAUUAUGAAACAAUUAGUACAUACGAAGUUGACAUAGAGGCCAAGGAUGGCGGAGGCCUUUCAGGAAAAUGUACAGUCCUAGUUCAGGUAGUUGACAUGAACGAUAAUCCACCAGAACUGACUUUGACAUCAGUUAACAGUCCUAUCCCUGAGAAUUCGGCAGAGAUUGUAGUGGCUGUUUUCACUGUUGCUGAUUUAGACUCUGAAGAUAAUGGAAGAGUGGCCUGUUCCAUCCAGAACGAUCUCCCCUUCAUCAUGAAACCAUCUGUAGAGAACUUCUACACUAUAGUGUCUGAGGGGGCUCUGGACAGAGAGAGCACAGCUGAGUACAACAUCACCAUCACAGCCACCGACCUGGGCACACCCAGGCUCACAACCCAGCACACCAUAACAGUGCAGGUGUCUGACGUCAACGACAACGCCCCCACCUUCACACAAACCUCCUACACCCUGUUUGUCCAGGAGAACAACAGCCCUGCCCUGCACAUAGGCACCAUCAGCGCCACAGACUCAGACUCAGGCUCCAAUGCCCGCAUCACCUACUCGCUGCUGCCAGCCCACGACCCACAGCUGGCCCUGGACUCGCUCAUCUCCAUCAAUGCCGACAACGGGCAGCUGUUCGCGCUCAGAGCGCUGGACUAUGAGGCCCUGCAGACCUUCGAGUUCCGCGUGGGCGCCACAGACCAAGGCUCGCCUGCUCUCAGCAGUCAGGCUCUGGUGCGCGUGCUCGUGCUGGAUGCCAACGACAAUGCUCCCUUCGUGCUCUACCCGCUGCAGAACGCAUCUGCGCCCUGCACAGAGCUGCUGCCCAGGGCGGCGGAGCCAGGAUACCUGGUCACCAAGGUGGUGGCUGUGGACCGCGACUCUGGUCAGAACGCCUGGCUGUCGUUCCAGCUGCUCAAGGCCACUGAGCCAGGGCUGUUCAGCGUGUGGGCUCACAAUGGCGAGGUGCGCACCUCCAGGCUGCUGAGUGAGCGCGAUGCUCCCAAGCACAGGCUGCUGCUGCUGGUCAAGGACAAUGGCGACCCUCCCAGGUCUGCCAGUGUCACUCUGCAUGUGCUGCUGGUGGAUGGCUUCUCUCAGCCCUACCUGCCUCUGCCCGAGGUGACGCACGAAGGCGCACAGGAGGAUGACUUGCUCACACUGUAUCUGGUCAUCGCCUUGGCGUCUGUGUCUUCGCUCUUCCUCUUGUCUGUGCUGCUGUUCGUGGGGGUGAGGCUGUGCAGGCAGGGCCGGGCGGCCUCUCUGGGUGGCUGCUCUGUGCCUGAGGGACACUUUCCUGGCCACCUGGUGGAUGUCAGCGGUGCAGGGACUCUUUCCCAGAGCUACCAGUAUGAGGUGUUUCUGACGGGAGACUCUGGGACGGGUGAGUUCAAAUUCCUGAAUCCGGUGAUACCGAACCUGUUCAUGGAGGAAUCUGACAAAAGAAUUAAGGAAAGUCCCCAGUGCAGGAGUAGCUUUGUAGUCCGCUAAGUAUUGUAAAUGGUUCAUCAUCUCUCAGUUUUGGUAAACUUCUCAUUUUAAUUAUUCACUUAAGAAGUUGUACUACCUAAUAUUUUUUAACCAGUAAUUCAACCUAUGGUAUCCCAAAUAGCUAUAAACUUGCUACUCUUUUAUUAAUACCAAUUUUACUUAGAAUGUUGAAUUUGUGCCCAUUUUAUAUGCAUUUUCUCCAUAUUCGGGCAUCUCUUGGUGAUUAUUGUCAUAACAGUUAAGGAAUAAUGUCUUCAUGACAUUUUGAAGCUUUUCAAUGCACUUAAGAAAAAUUAUAGUUGUAUUUGUGGCACCUAUCUUUACCAUACAACUUUAUGGACUUUUAGGCUACAUUGCUUAGAAUUCUUUAUGAGCCCUCAGGUUUUUGGGGUUAAGCAAUCUGCAUAGCUGUAAAAGCCAGCACACACCUUUCUCUUAAAUUAUAUGUAAAUUCAUAUUUUAUUAAAGCAUCACUGUGUGGAAGUUGUGCCUUGUCCUGUUGUGAACACUGUGUAUCCUAGAUAUUGUUAUGUGCCAUCAAUGCUAGAGUUAAACUUCUCAAAAACUAUACAAUAAAAAUUAAGGAGAAAAUAUCA